GGCACGCGAAUUGUUUGUUUUUGGAACGAUAUAAAACGACCGGGCUGAACAUGUGUCAUUUUAGAGUGAAGUUGGUGAUUGAAGUGGAAACAAGUGCGAGAAAAAUGGCUAGCUGGAUAUUCGUGGCGAUCGUCUGCCUUAUGGUCAGUGGACUUCAGGCCCAAACCAACUACUGCACCACAACGUACUGCCGUGCUGGAGUCGCGAACGUCGGUUGUAACCCACCAGGAACACCUGGUGGCACUAGCUGCACUGGCAAGAGUCCCGUGGUGAUCGUGCUAAACUCUACCUUCCAAUCGUUGGUCCUGACCGAGCACAAUACCCGCCGAUCGCAGCUUGCUCUUGGGCAGCUUAAUUCGUUCCUUCCGGCACGCCGCAUGCCCACAAUCACCUGGGAUGCCGAGCUGGCAAAGCAGGCCGGCAACAAUGCACGCAGCUGCGUCUACGGCCAUGAUCGUUGCCGUAAUACGCCGGUGUACGCGUGGGCCGGACAGAACAUCUACAUGUCCCAGUUUUACGGUAUGACCAAAACGAUUGACCAGCUGCUUAAGGAAGGUAUCAACUCUUGGUGGAGUGAGUUCAACGUCACCACGCAAGCUCAGCUGAACAGCUAUCCGUCCAACUAUGUUGGACCGGCGAUUGGACACUUCACACAGAUGGCAAGCGAUCAAACGGCCAAGUUGGGGUGCGCCAUGCAGAACUGGUUGGAUGGUCAGUGGAAAACGUACUACCUGGUGUGUAACUAUGCCGUCACAAAUGUCCUCGGUCGUGCCACUUACAAGAAUGGAACCGUCGCUUCCUCAUGUACUACUGGACCUAAUCCGACCGCAGGUCUUAGUGGACUGUGUUCAACAGCAGAAACGAUCAAUCCUGUUCCGAACUAAAGUAAUAUAAUGUAAUAAAGCUCAACCGUAGCCAACCCUAAGGCAUAAACAGUAAA